AUGAAUCAAGAUGGAGAAACCCCUCUCCAUCUUGCAGCGCUGCAAGAUAACAUAGAAAUAGUAGAACUUCUUCUUUCACAUGGUGCAGAUGUCAAUGAAAAAAACUCUAAAGGAGAAACUCCUCUUCAUAUUGCAGCGUUGCAAAAUAGUAAAGAAACGGUCGAACUUCUUAUUUCUCAUGGCGCACUUAUCAAUGAGAAAGAUGGAGAUGGCGAAACCGCUCUUUGUAAUGCAGCAGAACUAAAUUGUAAAGAAAUAGCUGAAAUUCUUAUUGCACAUGGUGCAGAUGUCAAUCAAACAAAUAUAGAUGGAGAAACAGCUCUUCAUCUCGCAGCAGAACAAAAUAGUAAAGAUAUUGCUGAACUUCUUUUUUCCCAUGGCGUAUAUAUAAAUGCAAAAAAUAUAGAUGGUGAAACCCCUCUACAUCUUGCAGCGUUGCAAAAUAAGACAGAAAUAGUCGAAUUUAUUCUCACUCAUGGCGCAUAUAUCAAUGAAGAAGAUAAUGAUGGAAGGACUGCUCUUUAUAAUGCAGCCGAACAAAAUUGUAAAGAGGCAGUUGAACUUCUUAUUUCAUAUGGUGCAGAUAUCGAUGAAGAAAAUAAUGAUGGAAGAACAGCACUUUAUAUUGCCAAAGAAAAUCAAAACAAAGAAAUUGUCGAUCUUCUUAUUUCUCAUGGAGCAGAUACCAGUGAAAUAAGUGGUUUUUCAUUUUGUAGCAUAUUAUAA